CUGCCAGCAACAGCUGAUUGAGGUAGUACAUUUGGGUAAAAACAUUUUAUGUUAUAUUAUAUUUAAUGAAUUCAAGUGAAAAUCGGGCAAAAUGGAGCGCAAGGAAGUGGACACCCAGCAGUUCAUCGACCACACGCUGCUGGCUACGGAGCUAAUGAAUCCGAACCAUUUCAUUAUGGAUCUCAUCGAUCACACCUACAAAUCAGAGGGGCCCACCAAUCUGAGCACGAAUCCCAGUUCCGGGAACUCCGAAAACGGAGUGGGCUACGUGGAAAAGGAAUCGCUGACGCCGGAACUAAACUUCCACAACACCAUCUUUCAAUUUGUGAACAAGUCGUCGCCGGAAAAUGAUGUUGUGCCCAACCACCACCAGCAGGAUGCCCAGCCCACUUUUCCGGCCCUGGCCAUAGAGCCCACCGUUCCCAUCGACGUGUCCACGGGUCUUCACGAGGACGAGGACCUCCUCUAUGCCCACAACAACACAUCCUGCAAUGCGAACGCCCGCAAGGUCUUGCCCCACAAGAAACGCAUUUCGCGGAAGCUCAAGGGCAACAUAGACGCCGACCUGGAGCACCACCACCAGCACAAGCACGUCCAGGACGUGGCUCCCUCGUACUCCUGCGAAAUCUGCGGCUAUGCGGUGCACACCCAGUUGGACUUCUUCGCCCAUCUUAAGCAGCACUACGAACCCACCGUUCUGGAGCAACGCCUGGUGGUUCAGGAUCCCCAGCAGCAGCAGCAAAAGGAGCCUCUGGACAUGUGCGGACUGUCUGCCCAGGAUAAGAUGCAACAAGAGCAGGCCAAACUGGACCAGGUUUUUCAUGACGUGCAGCUGAACUUUGAGAACUUCCACAACAUCACUCACCACGUCGACGAUGUGGCUAACGUGGGUGUCAACAUGGACAAAUUGAGUCCCGUGGUGGUCAACACCAAUAGCACACCGAAUUCUGUGCCCGUAGUCGACGAUGUGGAGUUCAGCGAUACGGAGGACAUGCUCGAGGGCAUUCGGAAUGUGGUCGACAAGGUUUCGAUAGAGGACACGUGCGAUGAGCUAGUGGACCUUGAACUAACAUCCAGCGGAAUGACGGCACCUUGGUUCAACAACAACUUCAGAGACAUCACUUUUCCGGCUCUCCUGCUGCCGGGAGAGCCGCCGCCAGCUUCUGCAGAGCAGGCCACUCCACUGCUGAAAGAGAAUCCCCAUGAAAGCGAGCACUUGGCUUUGGACUUCCUUAGUCCCGAAAAGGAACAACCUCAGAUUGAUUCCAAAAUGGAGAAAUCUCUGUCAAAAGGGGAAUCAAAUGAGCAGCAAAACCUGUUGGUUGCUCCACCAGCCUGUCAGACGCCACCGCCUCCCUCUGUUCCUCCACCCAAUUCCUCCAUCGAACAGCUGCGCAGAUCUCCACUAGAGAUAAAUGAAGCCUUCAAACUGGAAGAGGAUGAUAUGACGGACAGCCGACCAGCUUCGCCCUUCGAAGAUGGAGACCCGGAGACUGAGGAGCACAACGAAAGCUUCUCGAUGGAGGGCAUGGACUCGAGUUUAUCCGAGGAGACGCUAAGCAAGACGAGGAGAAAGCACUUCUGCGACAAGUGCAACAGGGACUUCAACUCGUACAAUGCCCUCAAGUACCAUCAGUACACGCACAACCAGCAGAGAUCCCACAAGUGCGACAGCUGCGAGAGAUCCUUCUACACACAGAGCGCCCUGAAGGCGCACGAAAGGACACAUUCCGGCGUAAAACCUUUUAAAUGCGAGAAGUGCGACUUUAAAUUCCGGCAGUGGGGCGACCUAAAGUAUCACAUCAUAUCGCGUCACAGCGACAUCAAAGCUCACAUGUGUGAAUUUUGCGGAAAGAGUUUCUCUAGGAGAUACUCCCUGGUCUUGCACCGUAGAAUCCACACCAGGGAACUGAACUACGCCUGCCAGCACUGCGACAAAACCUUCCGGGCCAGCUCAUACCUCCUCAGCCACAUUAAAGUGCACACUGGGGAGCGGCCAUACGAGUGCUCCAUCUGCGAGAAGAAGUUCCGGGUAUCAGGGGAUCUCAAGCGGCAUUCACGGAUCCACGAUCCGGGCAGAACUAACCAGGCACCUGCGGAGAAAGUCAAAAAGAAGAAGGCAGCUGGCAACAACAAUCUAGUGCCAGUCGAAGGGGAUGACAAGGUGGCCGCCAACAUCCAACACAAUAAGUCUGACGCCAUGCGCGACCAAAAUGGGCAGGAAAUCCUGGGCUUAUAGCCAUGCUGUGCCAAGGUUUCUUCGGAGUAAGAUAGGUUAUUUAUCCGUUGUACGCAUUUUUGUACAAUCUGUCUAUGUAAAUAGGAGCUCGAAUUUAGUGAGUAGGGAACGAAAAGCUACAUGCUUGUAUUUAUAAAAUAAAGAAAAGGAUAAUGUAAAUAUUUGAGACUCAAGUUUAGGGGUAAUAAAUCUUUAAGUUCAAAAA